GCUGUGAGACUUUGACUAAUACAUACAACUUGUUAAACUAAACAUUAAUCUGAACCAAAAAAACACUGCACAGACUAAGUGUUGACUGAAUUGAAUUUGAUAUCAUUAAAAUAUAUGUUCUAAUGUCAUUCCUUUGCAUUAUCUAUAUUUGUUGGCUUAAUUAUGGAUAGAAGUUUCAUUCUUCUCUUUUUCAUUCUACUACAUAACAAUACUUUACAUGCUACUGUUCCUAAUAUUAGCACUGAUGAAGCUGCUCUUCUUGCACUUAAAUCACACAUUUCUAACAAUAUCAUAGCAACAAACUGGUCUUCUUCCGUCCCCGUUUGCAGCUGGAUUGGAAUCACUUGCAGCUCCCGUCACCAUCGAGUCACUGCUUUAGACAUUUCAAGCAUGCAACUUUAUGGUACCAUUCCUCCACACCUUGGAAACCUCUCAUUUAUUUCGUCGCUUGACAUCAGUAACAACACUUUCCAUGGAGAUUUGCCACAAGAAUUGGCUCAUUUGCAGAGGUUGAAAUUUUUUAAUACUAAAAACAAUAACUUCACCGGAGCCAUUCCGUCAUUUUUAAGUUUGUUACCAAACCUACGCUUUCUGUACCUAUCGAAUAACCAAUUUUCGGGUAAAAUUCCAUCCUCCCUUUCCAAUCUGACAAAACUCCAAGUGUUGUCAAUACAGAGUAAUUUUCUGGAAGGAGAGAUCCCUCGGGAACUUGGUGAUCUUCGUUACUUGUUUUUUCUAAACCUGCAAUAUAAUCAGCUUACCGGCUCUAUACCACCAUCAAUAUUUAACAUUACUACAAUGCGAUUCAUUGCUCUUACGGACAACAAUCUUACUGGAAAGCUUCCAAAAACGAUAUGUGAUCAUAUUCCAGACUUGGAUGGACUUCACCUCGGUAGAAACUCCCUAGAUGGAGUUAUUCCAUCAAACCUGGAGAAAUGCAGAAAACUUCAAAUAUUGGAAUUGUCUGAAAAUGAGUUUGCUGGAACUGUACCAAGAGAGCUAGCCAACUUAACAGCUCUUACAAAAUUAUUUCUUAUGGAUCUGCAUUUGGAAGGAGAGAUACCAAUGGAGCUCGCUAAUCUUAAUAAACUUCAAGUAUUGGUAUUAUCACAGAAUGAGCUUACUGGCUCUGUCCCUUGCAGCAUUUCCAACAUGUCAACUCUGCAGAGUCUAGAUUUUUCAAUAAACAAGCUUUCAGGUACUCUACCUUCAGAUUUAGGUCAUCGAAUGCCAAACUUACAAGAAUUCUUUUGUGGAGAAAAUAAUCUGAGUGGUUAUAUCUCUGAUUCAAUCACAAAUUCUUCGAGACUCGCAAUGUUAGACCUCUCCAGCAACAGCUUCACAGGUCCCAUUCCUAAAUCACUUGGUAACUUAGAAUACCUUCAGAUUCUUAACUUGCAGAGUAAUAAUUUUAUCAGCGAUUCAUCGUUGAGUUUCCUUACAUCAUUAACAAACUGUAGGAAACUAAGAGUACUCCUGUUUAGUGAGAAUGCAUUGGAUGGGGCUUUAUCAGCUUCUGUUGGUAAUUUCUCAAACUCUCUGCAAAAUUUUGAAGGAAAUGGUUGUAAGCUAAAGGGCAUCAUUCCUCGAGAAAUUGGUAAUCUUACUGGUGUGAUAUAUAUGAGUUUGUAUGACAAUAAGUUGACUGGACAUAUUCCAAAUACUGUUGUCCAAGACAUGUUGAACCUCCAAGAAUUUUACCUAACAAGCAACAAGAUAGAAGGAACCAUACCAAAUGCUUUAUGCAGUUUAAUGAAUCUUGGCGCAUUAGACUUGUCAGGAAAUCAUUUUUCUGGUUCAGUGCCCUCAUGCUUAGGGAAUGUUACGAGUUUGAGGUAUCUUAAUCUAGCUUACAACAGGCUCAAUUCAAGAUUACCUGCAAACUUGGGGAGCCUUCAAGAUCUCAUAACAUUCAAUAUUUCAUCCAAUUUAUUGAGUGGGGAAAUUCCGCUAGAGAGCGGAAACUUGAAGGCUGCAACACUGAUUGAUCUGUCAAAUAAUUAUUUUUCUGGUAAGAUUCCUAGUAGUCUAGGGGGUCUAGAUAAAUUGAUUAAUCUUUCUCUAGCACAUAACAGAUUAGAGGGGCCUAUUCCUGAAUCAUUUGGCAAAAUGCUGUCCUUGGAAUACUUGGAUUUGUCCUAUAACAAUCUUAGUGGUCAAAUUCCAAAGUCAUUAGAAGCUCUUGUGUAUCUAAAAUACCUAAAUUUCUCUUUCAAUGAACUCAGUGGAGAAAUUCCCUCUGCUGGUCCCUUUGCAAAUGUAACCAGUCAGUCUUUCUUGUCCAAUGAUGCACUUUGUGGUGACUCCCGAUUUAACGUAAAACCAUGCCCAACCAAACCUACAAAGAAAUCAAGAAGAAAAAGAGUGCUUACAGGUUUAUAUAUUCUAUUAGGGAUUGGAUCACUCUUCAUGUUGACUGUUGGAAUUGUGGUGUUAAGAUUGAGAAACACAAAGAAGAAUGCUAGUCAAAAGGAUGUGUCCCUCGUAAAAGGGCAUGAAAGAAUUUCAUAUUAUGAACUUGAACAGGCAACUGAAGGAUUCAACGAAACCAACUUGCUUGGUAAUGGGAGUUUCAGCAGGGUUUAUAAAGGGAUACUUAAGGAUGGUAUCAUUUUUGCAGCAAAGGUAUUCAAUGUGCAAUUGGAGGGUGCAUUCAAAAGUUUUGACACGGAAUGUGAGAUACUCCGCAACCUUCGCCACAGAAAUCUGACCAAAGUCAUCACCAGCUGCUCCAAUCUUGAUUUCAAGGCCCUAGUGUUGGAAUACAUGCCCAACGGGACACUUGACAAAUGGUUAUACUCUUACAAUUUGUUCUUGAACUUAUUGCAGAGAUUGGAUAUAAUGAUAGAUGUUGCAUCUGCAAUAGAUUAUCUCCACAAUGGCUAUUCAACGCCUGUAGUGCACUGUGACUUGAAGCCAAGCAAUGUGUUGCUAGAUCAAGAACUGGUUGCUCAUGUAAGUGAUUUUGGCAUUGCAAAAAUGUUAGGUACAGGGGAGGCUUUUGUCCAAACAAGGACAAUUGCAACCAUUGGAUAUAUUGCUCCAGAGUAUGGACAAGAUGGCAUAGUAUCCACGAGCUGUGAUGUUUAUAGUUUUGGUAUCCUAUUGAUGGAGACGUUCACACGAAUAAGACCAAGUGAUGAAAUAUUUACUGGAGACUUGAGCAUACAAAGCUGGAUUAGUGAUUCCUUUCCGAGUGAACUUCACAAGGUGGUGGAUUCUAAUUUGUUACAGCCAGGAGAUGAACAAAUCGCUGCAAAGAUGCAAUGUUUGUCAUCUGUCAUGGAAUUAGCUUUGAAGUGCACUUUAGUGAGACCUGAUGAAAGAAUUAGCAUGAAAGAUGUUGGGCUUUGUGGAGGCUUGUGAGCCGGCCCGACCCAU